CAAGCUUUCGGGCUUUGCUGCUGGCGCUGUCGCGUGGCAGACGGGGGGCCAUCUGCCUGUUACAGGCUGUCCAAGGUUCUCGCCUUUUCUCCAUCUGGCCCUCCCGGCUGCCCUAGCUCCUCCUCUGCGCUCCAACCUGCUGGUUCACAAAUUCUCCGGCGACCUGGAUAUCCCCUCCGGACAAGGUGGAUGGAUGGAGAAGAGCUGUCAGGGUGGAUCGCCUGGCCUUUUGCAGAAUCUCGCAUUGCACUCGACCUCGUUCCACUUUGCCCAUCUUCACCUCUUCCUACCACUCAUACCUCGUCCUCGACGCGCUGCACCUCCUGAAACCGCCGGUCUCUCUCCGUUGACCCUAGCAUCACAUUCUUGGUACCCCUGGCCCAGCUCACGAGCUAGGCGCGGCGCGAGUCUUGGACUCCAGCAUCGCUCUGUGUCUCUGACACGCACACACCACACCCGUAUUCAGACCUGGCUUCCUCAUCCGUGUUCUCUCUGUUUCCCCCAUUGUGCCAUCUCCUAACCCAACAGAGGUAUAGCCAGCAUCGUGGGCCUUACAAUGCACGGUUGAUCGAAUCAGAUGCUUCACUCUCGGUAUUCUGAUAUGCCAUACGCCAACACUUAACAUCAGGCCUCCACCAACAGACCAGGUACCAUUUCCGCCCUCUCAAGUUUUUCUCCCCCCUCCAUUGCUUGGGACCCUCUUUCUUCAUCGACAUAGUUUGGACUCUUGAGUGUCUUCCAAUUACUGUCCAACACGUCCUGGUGCCAGUGGUAUCAUUGCUCAUUGACCAUGACCAUGUGCUGUGCCGUGUUUGCUUAUCCAUGACCGGGCGCAUUGUGUCUCCUCCUACCACACGCUUCUAUACAACCAUCUUUCUCGAUUCUGAAUAUCCCUGGGCCAACCUGCUGUGCCGCACACGCGACCGUUUAGGCGGCCGCAACAGUAGCCGUGCGACGCUUUGCGGCAUCUACCAAACAUCGGGCAAUUCUAUCAGCGCUUGACAGUAGUCUGCCUCGUCUGUCUUGUCUGCCCUCCAGUUGCCCAUCAUACUCCGCCACCACGCAUCUUCCCUUUCUCUGCUGGUGCAGAUCGACCUCGCGAUCGUGGCCGACUGUGCCGCAGGCCGCUGAGGUUAGCAGAGAAAGAUGAUGGCCGUGAGAGCGCCUCUGGGGUUUAGUCCUUCGACGAAUCCGUUGUUCUCCCCAUUUUCGCCCUUUCCAGACCAUCCGGAUUCGCCUCGACCUCGGACAGCUGCGAACUCUGGUCUCCCCAUGUCUCCUGCUGCUUCUGCUAUCAGUACAACAACUGACAAUCAGCUUAAACCUCCACCUGCCAACUAUAUUACUUCGCCCCAAGAUCCCGUGGCGCCCUCGCCUGUGGCUUCGGACGUGACCAACUUUGAGGACGUGGAUGAAGAAGUGGAAGAGGAGGGCACAGAAAGAGGCUCAGUGACCGCAGGUCCUGUGGCUUUCAAUGACGCACAGAGGCCAUCGUUCACUUCUCCAUUGAGGGAGGGUCUGCAACAUAUUGCAACUCCAUUGCGGGUCGACACGGGUCCUUCUCUGGACGAACACUUCCGCGCACGACUGGAAGAGGAGAAGGAGCCUCAAUCUGUUAUCCAUAUACCGACAGGCUUUGGCAAAUUUCCAACCCAGGAGGUUACUCAGUCGUACCCCGAGAAAGAGCAAGCAGAGCCACAAGAGGCCAUUGCGGGAGAGCCUCCAACACGAGAAACCAAGGACAUUGAAAGAGCAAGGGCGGAUUCCACUGAUUCAGUGGCUUCAGGAUCUACCGUCACCAAACCGCCGGCGACUAGAUCAGGCGCCAAGACCCAUGAGGCUCCGAUGCCUCCAACGCCGCUGCAAACAUCUCUUCCUUCGCUCCCUCUACAUGACUGGUCGCGCACUCCGAGAGCACAGACAAGACAGGACCUCAGUUCCCUCAGCCGUCCUGGCUCUAGUCUUGCCAGCAUUCUCGAGGGCGAUGACACUGACCACCCCAGCACCGACGAGACCGGGGACGAAAGUCAGCUCGGCCAACGGUUCCUACGUGAUGCCGAAGCUGAAAUCGAAGCCCUCCGCAAUGCCUUAUCCGAGUGCUGGACGUUGUGCAACACAUUGGCCAGCUUAAGCCACAUUCACCGUGAGAGAAUCUUCAACUUUUCGGGCCGCGGCGACAUGCAGGAGCAAGCGUGGAAAUCCUGCUGGAAGCUGUGCCAGAACCUGUACGACACUCGAGAUAGCCAUUUGUCGCAAACCUUCUCUCACAACUCGUCUCGACCGACCCUUGAUCUCUGUCGCGACUUCUGCCAGGCGCUGUUCGAGGUCCGCGUGCGUGAUAACGAGACGGCCGACUCUGUCCUCCGGGUCAGCUUUGAGUUGAACAACCAUUUGUUUAAUACGCAUGAUCGCAGUCUCCCUGAAGCUUUCCGGGAGAGGACGUUGGAUUUCUAUAUCACUCUGUGCCACCGGCUGAUGAAGCAGAAGUCGAAGAUGGCAGACGAGACGGAUUCCCUCCUUCGUGCGUGCUGGUCUUUGGCGGAAAUGCUGUUUAGCCUGAGGCAAAACCGCAGGGAAGGCAAGAGGCCCGACGAAGAGCUCCUCGGCUCAGCAAUCCAAGCGUGCUGGGAGCUGUGCGACCUGUUCCGCGAAGGCUGGACGCAGAUUCGCCCUGAACGUGGAACGCCACGGCCAAGCCAAACGACCUUCACCCAGGCGUUCAACCAAGCGAAACGAUCUGGUUUCGCUCCGUUGGACGAGAACGGCAACCCGAGAGUACUUCCCGAGACACCGACCACGAUUUUCGAGGACACGGUUACCACCAUCUCACCGGACGAAGCUCCUGUUCCCAAUAUUCUCGUGCUCGGGGCCGAGGAAGCAUCCAGAAUGUCCUCUACCUCUUCAAGUUCGUCCACCCCGGCGCCUAAUCAAAGCAGACAACUGUCACCGAAUCCGCCCACUCAGCCACGUAAUCCGCAUUCUGCAAAUCAAGGCCCAACUUCAGCAAUUAAUCACAGAUGGUCCACGACCUCGUCGGUUCUUUCGGUUCCUGUUUCGGCCGCCUCAGAAGGGGGUCCAAAUCCCAUGUCUGCAACCACGGUUUCGACUGUUCGUACACCCGCCGAGGAUCCGACUCUGAUACUUCUCAAGACGUUGUUUGUCAAGGCUGCCCUGGCCACUGGCCGAGGUUACACCCGGGCUUCGACAGACCCUAACAUGAACUCGCUGCCCAAUUUCGCCAGGAACUUGCCUGACACCGCAUUUGGCACUCUGGCGUGGCAAGUCUCGCUUCUGGAUAACUACCGUAAGACCAUCGCAAAUGACAGCACAUUCCGCAGCCUAGGCGUCGCCGGGACAAUUGCCGAGCAGGGACGGAUCAAUGCAGUCGAACUCGCGCGAGCCGUUCGAGGGAUGACAAGCUGUGUAUACGGCUUUGGGUGGCUUCGAGAUCUAUACCGCUUUGUGUUCGGAUAUUACAUUGAGGAGGCACUCAAGGGGAGCAAUUCCCAUGCUGGCGGAGGUCGUCGGCCAGGUCGACAAAGUGGCCCGGCCGCAAGCCUUGUCGCCGCAGUCAUGAACAACAAUCCCUCGACGGUCGGAGGUGGGACUGGAGCAACGUCUGCGGCGGGUAACACGGGAGGACCAAAAGGUGGCGGGAAUGGGAACGGCAAUGGACUCUCCCACAGCAGGAGAUCAGGGAGUCAGUGAUGGAGACCAUAUGCCAGUGCUCUAGUAUCCGCGAUGCCUCUACUGCUCGAGAUCAUCUAUCCGCUCGAGGGGUCUCGGAGCCAAGGUCUCAUACAGGGACAUGAGUUCGCGACUGUCGACUUGAUUUGUCCGUUCAUGACGAGCAUCGGCGUUCAGGGUCUACUAUAUUGUUUUUGCCAAUGUCAUACUGUGGGCUUCAGGACCCCCUAUCACGAUGCCAGGGCCAAAAUAGGCCGCCGAUAUCUCAAAAGAAAAUCAUAAUAAUAAGUGAAUAUUAC